GGAUGGAAUUGUUGUGGAGAUAGAUGAAUCAAAAUUCUGUAAAGGAAAAGAUACCGAUGGAAUUUGGGUGGUUGGUGGUGUUGAGCGAACAGAGAAACGAAAAUGUUUCUUUGUGGUGGUUGAUCGAAGGGAUGCGGAGACAAUUAGAAGUAUUGUGUCAAAACACAUUAAACCAGGUUCUAUAGUCGCAACUGAUUGUUGGCGAGGUUAUCAAAAUCUUGAAGAUUUUAAUAUAAUACAUGAGAAG